AUGUCGCGUUCUGCAUCACCGGCUGUCGAGCCAGUGACAAUCAACGGCCAAUCAUAUCGGCCUGUUCGUGAAGGCCUCGCGUCAAUCCUUGCACCGUACCAGCAGAGUAAUGGGACUGCUCAAAAAGGGCACAACAAUGACGAAGGGAAUCAGGCGGUCUUCUACAACCCCAUUCAGCAGUUCAACCGAGACUUGACAGUCCUAGCGAUCCUCAUCUAUGGCGAGGGUGCGCUUGUGGCUAAGGACUUAGUUCAGUCGCGCAAGUCUAAGAACCGGAAAGUGAAAAGCGACAGGAGAAAGCAUGGCCAAGCUCCACGCGACGGCGGUGGGGAUAUCACGGACUCGAAGAAGCGCAAGGUUGAUGAGGUCGAUCUACCAGCCGAACAUGGUACGCUCAAGCGCCCAAGGACAGAUGAUGUGGGCGUGGAGGUUGACGAGCUAGAAGUUGCGCAGCUCAAUGCUGAUGAGGCCACCGCGCCAAAACCUAUGCCUGGGAACGAGCAGAUGCAAACCCCAUUUACCAUCCUCGAUGCUCUUUCUGCUACAGGUCUCAGGGCCUUGCGUUAUGCGAAAGAAAUUCCCUUCGCAACCAACAUUAUUGCCAACGAUCUUUCCAAGGAUGCCGUUCAGUCGAUCGAAGUCAACAUCGACCACAAUAAAGUCAGCGAUCGAGUCUACUCAAAUGUCGGCGACGCGCGUGCGUACAUGUACAGCAAGAUAGGCAACGAGCGUCAGCAGUCUUCCGAUGGCUAUGUCCACCGCUUCGAUGUUGUUGAUUUGGAUCCUUACGGUACCGCCGAGCCAUUCAUUGAUGCGGCCUUGCAAACUCUGACGGAUGGUGGUCUACUUUGUGUUACCUGCACCGACGCAGGCGUCUUUGCGUCGAGCGGCUAUCUCGAGAAGACUUACGCACUGUACGGAGGUCUACCCAUCAAAGGUGUCCACUCGCAUGAAGCUGGUCUCCGCCUCAUCGUCAGCUCAAUUGCUUCAACGGCAGCCAAGUAUGGCAUUGCUAUCGAGCCACUCCUGUCACUCUCAAUCGACUUCUAUGCUCGAGUCUUCAUCAGGGUACACAAACGUCCCAGCGACGUCAAGCUCCUCGCCGGUACUACGAUGGUCACCUACUCCUGCGACCAGGGUUGCGGAGCCUGGACCACACAAACCAUCGCGCGCAACAUUGCCAAGGAAGACCGCACGGGAACUAGAAUGUACAAGCACAGUUUCUCCCAAGCUCCAUCAGUCCCACCACACUGCGAGCACUGCGGCUUCAAAAUGCAUCUUGGUGGUCCCAUGUGGGCUGGCCCCCUACACAAUCCCUACUUCGUCCAGCGCAUCCUUGACCGCAUCCCCUCGCUAGAUCGCAAUGUGUACGGCACCCUCGACCGCGUUCGCGGGAUGCUGACCGUUGCCCUGGAAGAGGACCUCACACUCGCUGCCUCGAACACCCCGGACAACACCAACGCACCCAAUGGCAAGGACGUCGCCAUCGAUCCCAGGAUCAUUCCCCGCCUACCCCCUGACGUCGUCGACAGGACCCCAUUUUUCUUCAUCCCUAAUUACCUCGCCAAGGUACUGCAUACGCAGACGCCUGGCGAGGAUGCCAUCCGCGGCGCGAUCCGCGGACUCGGCUACAAGGUCACACGCUCGCACUGCAAGGCGGGCAGUUUCAAGACAGAUGCGCCAUGGGAUGUGAUCUGGGAGAUACUGCGCGAGUGGGAGCGCCAGAAGUCACCGGCCAAGGAAGGGGCAGUAAAGCCUGGAACUGCGGGCUGGAGGAUUAUGCGGCGUGCGUGGGGCGGAGAAAGAAGGGCAGCGGAGGAGAUCAAAGACGGACUGGUCAAGGGGUUGGAGAAGGUGGAGGGGCGGGAGGAGUUGGGCACAGUGUUGAGGGCGGCGCUGUGGAAGGUGGAGAACGAGGGCCAGAUGACUGAGGCGAAGACGAGAAUGGAAGAGGGGCCCGCCGCAGGAGGCGAGAAGGGGUUGAAAGUCGUGUUUGACGAGGCUCUGGGGAAGGAGAAGCCAAGGGAAAAAUUGGUCAGGUACCAGAUCAACCCCAGGUCGAACUGGGGACCGAUGAAUCGCGCUGGUGGCAGCUAG